GCUGGCGAGCGUAUACACGGAAUGGCCAUCUCUGUAUUGGGCCCUACCUUCGAAGACCUGGCUGUCAAUGUCAACAAGAACAUCAGUAAUUUAUCCUAUAUACUUGUGGGUCGUUCAUCUGGAUACAUUGGAGGUUCCCUGUUAGGAGGGAUCCUGUUUGAAUGUAUGAAUCCCCAUCUGCUUUUGGGCUUCUCAUUGUUAAUCACAGCAUUUGGGAUGUCUGGUACUCCUUUCUGUAAAAAGGCUUGGCUGCUCACUGUUUUGAUGUCUGGUGUGGGGGUGUCAGUGGGAGUUUUAGAUACAGGCGGUAAUGUUCUUAUACUGAAUAUGUGGGGAGAGCAGGCUGGACCUCACCUGCAGGCUCUGCACUUUAGCUUUGCUGCUGGAGCCUUUGCCUCUCCAAUCAUAGCCAAGCUGCUCUUUGGCCAGCAUUCCGACAAUGCCUCCAUUUACACGGAUCUAGCAUCUGGCCAUGCAUCCAAGACCUUCGAUGCCAGGGUUCCUUUAUCCUCCCAUCCAAAGAACACCACUCUAACAUCCAUGUGGGCCUACAUUGUGAUUGGUGCUUUUGUUUUAUUGGUGUCGCUCAUCUUUUUUUCCCUGUACUCCUGCAGUUCACCCAACUCAAAUAGGGCAAAAACACCUUCAGGAAAGCAGCAGUUCUCCAAACACCACAACAUACUCCUAUUCCUGCUGUCCUUGUUCUUUUUUUUCUAUGUUGGAAGUGAGGUGGCGUAUGGUUCCUUUAUAUUUACCUAUGGCAAGGACUAUGUUGGUAUGAAACCGGUUGAGGCAACAGGACUGAAUUCACUCUUCUGGGGAACGUUCGCGGCUGGUCGUGGUCUGGCCAUAUUCUUUGCUGCUUGUCUGCGGCCAGGCAUCCUGAUCCUACUGAGCCUAGUGGGCACCACAGUUUCCGCACUCCUGCUGUGUCUUUUUAGUCGAAAUCCCCCUAUGCUCUGGGCAUGCACUGCUAUAUAUGGUGUCUCUAUGUCUACCACCUUUCCCAGUGGAAUUUCAUGGGUUGAGCAGUACACGACUGUGACAGGGCGGUCAGCUGCAGUGUUUGUAGUGGGUGCAGCUCUUGGAGAAAUGGUUCUGCCAGCUCUGUUGGGCUUAUUACUGUGGCAGUUGCAAAAUCAGCCAUUACUGAUGUACCUGGCACUUGGCACAUCCAUCUUCACUUCUAUCUUGUUCCCUGUCAUGUACAAAAUAGCGUCACCAGGAGGGGACGCCACCUUGAGGAAAAUGCCAGGGAGACGCACCAAGGAUACUGAUGAGAGUGAGUACCAGCAAGCACUGCUGGAUAAUGCGGAGGAAGAAGAGGAGCAGGAAAAUGAAAGUGAAGCUGACCAGUGGAAUGAUGCAGACUUUGAGGUGAUAGAAAUGGAUGAUGCCAGCCUAUUGAGUUCUCCUUCUAAAGCCUCAGUGCCUCCUGAAGUUGCAGCUAGUGCACUUGCUGCCCAAUCAGUGGCCGUCCCAUUGUCGCCACCCUCAAGAGACCCCACUCUGUCUAACACACUGCCCUUUUCCACAGACUCUCCCAGACGCAAACUGUUAAUGUCCCUCAACAGGGAGAAGAAAGACUAACAUGUUGCACUACAUCAAAGAGGUCUCAGACUUUAGCCCUUAGCCAGGAACUGAGAAGUGGCAGCCUUUUUAUCUUCUUGGGUGAAAAGAUCACACUAGCCAGUUGAUUUGGUAUUUUCUAAAUGCCAACUGCAUGUUUGACGUUCAUUACAUAAAG